UGUAGCGACUUGAGAACAUAAAUGAUUUCUAUUGGCUGAACGGUUUGGCGGUUAUUUGUGUUUGGAGUGAGUGAGUAAGUGUUAGGAACACGUCAUUCUGAGGCUUGCCAGCGUGCGAGGAAUACACUAUUCGAUGGCUACUUUAGAUCAAGUGAGAGAGUUACUCACUGAUUCAUUUGACAAACUAAAGCGUGAAAUCAAAGAAGAUGUUACAGAAAACUCAAAUAAACUUGCUAAAAAGCUAAAAAAGGAUGAAAAGUCUCUAGAAUUCAAAAACAAAGGAAAUAAAAUUCAAUACGAAUUCAACGCGGGCGUAAUCGACACGUUCGACGAAAUUUCUGGUAAACUAGAUCAGUUGCUGGAAACUCCAGAUAUAGACAAACAGCAGGUCAUUAUGGAUGAUUUGAAAUCUUCUACCAAAGAAGGGGCAACAACAGGCAAAUCCAGCCAAGCCUUUAUCACGGGAAAUACGGUACGGCCAACAAUACGUCAUGGUUCGACAACCGACAUGCAGGGCAGUUCGGAAAAGGAACACAACGUCAGCCAAGAACGUCCGAUAUUUGCUUUUCCUGUGGCGAGACAGGACAUUGGAGAAACGAGUGCCCAGGUCAAGGUCAAUUCAGCGGCAGCAAUCGCUUCAACAAGUAAAGGCGUCGUAGAUAAGCUGAUAGAACAUGGUACGAGAAACAUUGGCGCAGUAUCAGAUUCAAGCUUAAAAGCUUUGUCGCAUGGAGUGAUUACAAC